GCCGGCGUGCUUGUUCUCUGACGCGCGGUUCAUCACUUUUCACUCUGAAACCAGACGGGGCAGGGAGUAUACUCGCAAGAUGGCGGCGCGGUGGGGAACAGGCGAGGAGACUUUAACUGCGUGCAAUAUGGAAUUCUUCCCUAUGGAUACACUAGACGAGACUGCUGGCCUGAGCUCUGGAGAAACUCUGGAGGCCCUUCAAAGCUGCUUAGACCCCUCCAUCCUUUCUAUCUUUGAGGAUACCCCAACAAUAGAGACUAAGGGACUAGAUGAGGAGAGCGAAGCCACACUGCUAACCGCCCUGACAGAGAUCCUUGACAAUGUGGAUGAUGAGAACCUGUCCCCGUUUGACACACUGCCUGACUCAGACCUGCUGUCAGGUCAGAAGGGCAGGGAACACUCUCCGCUCAGGAGACUGCUGUGUCUGUCCCGCUCCCCUCCUGAGAAAGACAUGCUAUGUAGCACAAGACCCAUAUCAACUGGAAAGAGCCUCCCCAGGAUACAGGCAGACUCUCUCCAGAGGAGUGAUGGGGAGGAGGAAGAUGAUGGCUCCCUCACUCUGAGCCCAGUGAGACAGGAUUCAUCUCCUGACAAUGACCUAUUAGGCUGGGAAGGUCUGACCCUUCCACUUCCUGUAACCUUUGAGCAAGAGGGGGAGGAUGGUGUUUCACUUAGCCUGGGGGACUUGGUCAGGCAUAUGCACCCAUACUGUAUGGCCAUUUGUGUAGAGAAUGACGAUGGGGAGCAGAUGUUGCCAGAGGGAGGCAUCUUACUUGAGGUUGUGGACCAGGGAGAGAAUGGAGAGCCCAUCCUAGCCAUCCCAAAUCUGGAUCUCCCAGUGUCCCUGCCACCUAAAGAGCAGUCCUCAGAAAAUGAGCAGAAACUUGCGGAUGAAACAGACGAGGUUGUCUCUGACAGUUCAGAUCAUAUAGUCGUCGAUGAUGAUGUAACAGUCAGCGAGGCUCCAGUGAAAGUUACAGCACCUGCAACACCAGACCGAUCUUCAGAUGUUAAAGAUGAGAUAAUCAGUAAGACACAGAAGGAAGACAUUAAAGAGAAAAGCCCCUCCUGGAGAAAAAAGAAAAAGAAAUGCAAGAAACAGAGCCAACCUAAACCUGUGGAGGGAAGGGUCCUUCGGAGUGGCACAGUAAGAAAGACAGCACAGGAAGCGCCCAUAAAGCCUGAAAAAAGAUCAAUCAAAGAAGAGAAGAAAAACAAAAUCCAAAAAGUUUCUCUUGUCUCAACUCCAGCUUCUUCCUCUGUGAAACAUAAGAAACUAAAUCCAUGCCAAACUGAAACACAACCAGAAAUCACUGCAACACUAUCACCUGCAAUGAAUGCGCAAGUUGCCACAUGUGUGUUAGCUGCACAGGAUACUGCUCUGUUAAAAGCUAGCCCUGAGAAGAGUCAGCCUAGCUGUUCACUCACAGCAGUGAGUUCUCAACAGCCCAAUGAAGCCCCUGAACAGCUUGGCCCACCCCCCAAGAAGCUGGAAGAUUCAUCAGCAGCUCCCUCUGCUGUCCUUGCCCUGCUGUCUUCAGAGAGCUCUGCAGAUGCUCCAAGUCCUGUAACACCCCAGAUGACGCCAACUGUUUGUGAGGCGCUCCCUCCUGUAGCCACUGCAGUCCCAGAGCCAAAGCCCAAAUCGCUCAGUCUAGAGGAGUACCGGCGGCUCAGACAACAGAAGAAGCCAGUGCCGGUGGAAAAACAAGACAACAGCAGCACUAAGUGGCCCAGCCUUCCAGAGCUUCCUAAAGAGCUUCCCCCAAUUCCCUGCCUGCCCGACCCCAGCCCCAAGGAUCCUCGACGCCCCAACCCACAGGUAGUGAAGAAGGAAGUGGAGGAGGUCAGGCCUGCCUGGCAGCCACGGGGACCAGCUGCACCACCCACCCCUGAGGCGCUGCUGGUUCCACCAGCCUACAUGGUUGCUUCAUCCAGCAAAGUUUCAGCUGCUAGUAGUGUCCCUAAACCCCAGCAAACGCCUGAACCUCCCAAACCUUCUCUUGCUGAGAAGCCCUCAAGUCCUGCCUCUAAUUCAGUGAAGGAUUUACCCACCCAUCAACAUACCACUGCUCAGCCUGCAGUACCUUGUGUGCCUCAGAACUCUGGAUCUCCAGCUUCUUUAAUACAUGCCACUCAGUUCAUGUCAUCAACAGAUGGAAAAUGUUCUCCUGUACUUUCUGGAAGAAAGGAUGGAGUCAAUGAAAGGCCCCAGUCUCAGCCUUUAUCUCCAAAGUCUGUGGAGCUCACUAAAACCUGUCCUAAAACCACUACAGAGUCAAUCAAACCCACUGCUGCUACUUUGUCUGCCCCCAGUGCCCCCCAGAAGACCACUGUUUCCCAAAAGGUGCCUGAGGUCACUGCUGCUGCCACAAUAAAUAGCCCCAUCACAGCUGUUAGCAAGUCCUCCAAUGGUACCCAAUUCUGUUGUUCUUCAGCUGCUCAUCCCUCAGACUCCCAGAGUCUGAAGGUAGAACCUGUUAUGCUUGAAACUAAAGAGAACUCCACUACAGGAGUGAAGCCCCAAAGAGCAAAGAGCCCCACACAGGAGCUGAUUGAGGCCUUCACCAGUGAGAUAGGUAUUGAAGCUGCUGAUCUGACCAGCUUGCUUGAGCAGUUUGAGGAAACUCAAGCCAAAGAGGAACAAUGUGUGCCGGAGGUCUCUGGUAGAGCAGCAGCUGUAGGAAACUCAAGUUUUGAGUUGGCUCCAGAGAAAACGGUUGUGGAGCGUGUGAGAGCUAAUGACCUCUUGAGUACUGCAGCUCUGACUCCUCCAGCCACUCCUCCCCACCAGAUGUGGAAACCUCUGGCCCCUGUGGCCCUGCUGGGGAAGAGCAAGGCCACUGAGGCCUCUAAGUCGAGCCCCUCCAAGGUUAUACAGAUUGAAGCUCGGCCACUUCCCUCAGUCAGGUCCCGCAGUAAACCCACUCCUGUCGCUGCUGUCGCUGUAGACCCCGACCUAGCAUGCAUGGACCAUGACUACUGCAUCCCCAACAAAGGCACUUCCAUUGGAGAGCCAGGCAAGCGCUGGAAUGUCAAACAGCAAUCUUUUAUCACUAUUAAACCCAUCAGGCAACCUGCUACCACCACUACGCAGACACCCCCAGCUGCUCUGGCAUUGUCUGUUCAGGCUAACACAAACCCUACAGUUACAAUCAAAACACAAGAUUUUCCACUGACAGAGUCCCUGGAUCAGAGGACAGAUGGGAUGGAGAGAAGCUCUGUUCUGGAAACACCUGAUGCCUCUCCAGCUCGACAGGAGUCUGAGUCCAGUGUGAAAGAAGGGAGCCCCAGGAGAGGGCCUUUUAGGAGGAACUACCGUCGACACAGUGCCUCGCGCACACCCAGCCCCAGAUCUAGUCCCAAAGAGAGGACCGGAGGCCGGUCUAGAAAGAGAAGAUCCCAGCGUUCUCCCAGCCCCAUGUCCAGCGGUUCAGAGUCAGAUUCCCAUUCCUCUAGAUCUCGUUCUAGAUCACAUGCUCCAUCUAAGAAAAGAUAUCGUCCCCGUCAUUCUGAGAGCAGUUCCAGCUCCUCAUCCCGUUCCUCAUCUCGGUCCUCUCCCUCUGUGUCCCGCUCCCCUCCCAGGAGGAGGAGGUACUCCUAUUCAUCCUCUCGUUCUGGCUCGUGGAGUCGCUCCAGCUCACGGUCUCGAUCCCCUCAGAGGCAAGCACAGUGGAGUAGAAGCAGAAGAUUGUACAGUCCCUCAUAUAGGAAUGGCUAUGAUCACACUGCAAAGACAAGUGUGGAAGAUGUGAGGAGACGCAAAGAGCAAGCUAUUGAGGAGCGUCGGGUUGUUUACGUUGGUCGAAUUCGGGGUACGAUGACCCAGAAAGAGCUCAGGGAGCGCUUUACUUUAUUUGGCGAGAUUGAAGACUGCACCCUGCACUUUAGAGACCAUGGGGACAACUAUGGCUUUGUGACUUAUUACGACACCAAGGAUGCUUUCACGGCCAUAGAAAAUGGAAGCAGGCUGCGCAAGCCCGAUGAGCUGCCGUUUGAUCUCUGUUUUGGUGGAAGGAGACAGUUCUGCCAGACCGGCUAUUCUGACUUAGAUUCGAGUAGAGAGUACGAUCCGUUGCCUGCAAAAGGCAAGUUUCACGCACUAGACUUCGACACUUUACUAAAGCAGGCUCAGCAGAAACAGAAGAGGUAACAGGAGGCCUGCAGCAGGAAGCAGCUGACAUUUACCUCAGAGCCAACAGCUGGCUCCUCACCUGCAACACUGUCUUCACAUUGUAGUUGUUGCAUUAGUUUUUGUGUUUGUUUUGUUUUGUUUCUGCAAGCUAACACCUUCUAUUGAAGUGAAGAUUUGUAAUGAAAGUAGUAAAAGAAGUUAAAAAAAAAUGGAAUAAGUAAAAUUAAAUAAUUUUUUAAAAGUUUAUUUAAAUGUAAAAUCAGAUUUGAAUUGUAUGGAGAGAGAACCAUUUUUAAAAGGGUGAAAAUAAGUGGUAUGGAGCUCCCUAACUCGUGGGAGAGGAUGUAAUACAUUGAAAUGUACUACAAACCUAAAAUAAAAAAAGAAACUGAAA